CACCCCGGGGACUGCGGCGCCUCCUCAGCUGCACUUUCACUUCCGCUGGUGUCCGACCCCCGCCCCGAGCUCUCGGGAGCCUCGAGUGCUGGAGGCGGGGAGAGACCCAGAGAAAGAGACACACACGGGACAGAGGCAGAGAGGGACAAACACCCAGGGCAAGAAGGAGAAAAAGGGCCAAGAGAGGAGGUGGGGGAGGCAGAGACAGUGGGCUCCGGGGGGCGGAGCCAGCGAAGAGUGAGGUCAGAGUGUCUGUGAGGUUGGCCUCUGCACAGACAGCCCUGAGGUCCCAGGACGGAGAUGCCCUUCAGGAACCCCCGUGCGUCCUCCCUGAGCCAUGGACACCCGCGAGGAGCCCCCCAUUGUGUCCUUGGUGCCCACAUGUUCCAAGGACCCUCAGCCUCUCUCCUCCUCUGACCAUUGCACCCCUCAUCCCCUGUGGGCCAAUACCUCUUCUGUCCGGAUUGCUCGAGUGAGUGGGUCGCUCCCCGUCUAGGUGAAGAUGUCAGCCCAGGAGAGCUGCCUCAGUCUCAUCAAGUACUUCCUCUUCGUUUUCAACCUCUUCUUUUUUGUAUUAGGCGGCCUGAUUUUCUGCUUCGGCACCUGGAUUCUCAUUGACAAGACCAGCUUCGUGUCCUUCGUGGGCUUGUCCUUCGUGCCGCUGCAGACCUGGUCCAAGGUCCUGGCUGUCUCGGGGGUCCUCACCAUGGCCCUGGCCCUCCUGGGUUGUGUGGGGGCUCUGAAGGAGCUACGUUGUCUUCUGGGCCUGUAUUUUGGAAUGCUGCUGCUCCUGUUUGCCACACAGAUUACCCUGGGGAUCCUCAUCUCUACUCAGCGGAUCCGGCUGGAGCGAAGGGUACAAGAGUUGGUGUUGCAGACGAUCCACAGCUACCGCGCGAACCCGGAUGAGACCGCGGCUGAAGAGAGCUGGGACUAUGCGCAGUUCCAGCUGCGCUGCUGCGGCUGGUACUCUCCGCGGGACUGGAUCAGCGCCCGCACGCUGAGAGGCAACGAGUCUGAGGAGCCCUUGGUGCCCUGCUCCUGCUACAACUCCACGGCGGCCAAUGACUCCUUAGGCUUCGAUAAGCUCUUCUUCUCGCAGCUUAGCCGGCUGGGGCCGCGGGCGAAACUGAGACAGACCGCUGACCUCUGCGCACUCCCGGCCAAAGCCCACAUCUACCGCGAGGGCUGCGCGCAGAGCCUCCGGAAGUGGCUGCACAAUAAUCUCAUCUCUAUAGUGGGAAUCUGUCUGGGAGUCGGUCUUCUUGAGGUGAGCGGGAUGGCACUGUGUCUGCAGCUACAUCGUAGAGCGCUCAGCCGAGAGCCGGUGCUGCCGCUGCCAGGAGCCGAGGCUCGGCUUCAUGACGCUCUCAAUAUUCCUGUGUAGAAAUCUGGACCACGUCUACGACAGGCUGACCCGGUACCGCUAGACCCCAGCUUGCCCCAUCAGCACCCACGCAACUCCAGGCAGCCAGGAAGUGUUUGUUUCCUUCCUGGCUGGUCUAGGCUCGGAGCCUGGCGCCGCAGGACUCACUCAUCUCUGGGGACCCUUACCGACAGCUAUCACUUCCCCCGCAGACCCUUCUGUCCUGAGAUUCCUCCCCCCUUCCCUUCUCCCCACACCAUCUGUCCACCUCCCCCACGACACCUCAAAUAAAUCCCCUUCGUUUUGGUAAAAA